CAGGAAGUUAUCUGGUAUCUCUGGAGUCCUGUGGAGGGAGAAGGGCUCUCUGCCGCAUUGGUGGCGGCGAGAGCGGGAGGUGGGUUGGGAGGCGGGCCGCUCCGUCCCGCUGGCGUUAGGAGCCGUUUUCCAACGCAGCACCACGGCCCCCUUCUCCAGCACCGAGCCCGGCGCGGCUGCCCGGGGGGCUCCUUGCGGCUCCUUGACGCCGCCGCAGGGGGCGGCUACCCAGGCAUCGCCUGGGCCACCAGCUAGGGGACUGGCAGCCGGUUUCAGCACCCUGGGCCACAGUAAGACGUGCCCUUGUUGUCCCGCGCAUUGCCCUCCUUCUUUAAGCCACCGAGACCCUGGUCCAGAGCGACUGCCUUGGACCUGGGACUAGACGGAUCCAAAACGCUCGGCCCCGGCCCCCCGCAGACGGGGCUCUGCAUCGUCUCUGAUAUGUCACCCACCGUCUCCCACAAGGACAGCAGCCGGCAACGGCGGCCAGGCACUUUCAACCACUCUCUGGAUAUGAAGAGCGGUCCUCUGCCGCCGGGCGGCUGGGAUGACAGCCAUCUGGACUCGGUGGGCGGGGAAGGGGAUCGAGAAGCUCUUCUGAGUGAAAGUGGCGUUGGGGACUUCUCAAAAGCCCCGCGGAACUGCCGGGCCGAGCUAAGCAGCAUUUUGCUGCUGCUCUUUCUUUACGUGCUCCAGGGUAUUCCCUUGGGUCUCGCGGGAAGCAUCCCACUCAUUUUGCAGAGCAAAAAUGUCAGCUACACAGAUCAAGCUUUCUUCAGUUUUGUCUUCUGGCCCUUCAGUCUCAAACUGCUCUGGGCCCCGAUGGUCGACGCGGUCUACUUUAAGAACUUCGGUCGUCGCAAGUCCUGGCUCGUCCCUACGCAGUACAUACUAGGAUUCUUCAUGAUUUAUUUAUCCACUCAGGUGGACCGGAUGCUCGGGAAUACCGAUGGCAGAACACCCGAUGUGGUCGCUCUCACUGUGACGUUCUUUUUGUUUGAGUUCCUGGCCGCCACUCAGGACAUCGCUGUGGAUGGUUGGGCAUUAACUAUGUUAUCCCGGGAAAACGUGGGUUAUGCUUCUACGUGCAAUUCAGUGGGCCAGACAGCGGGCUACUUUUUGGGCAAUGUUUUGUUUUUGGCCCUUGAAUCUGCCGACUUUUGUAACAAAUAUUUGCGAUUUCAGCCUCAACCCAGGGGGAUCGUUACCCUUUCAGAUUUUCUUUUUUUCUGGGGAACUGUAUUUUUAAUAACAACAACAUUAGUUGCCCUUCUGAAAAAAGAAAACAAGGAAGUAUCAGUUGUGAAAGAAGAAACACAAGGGAUCACAGAUACUUACAAGCUGCUUUUUUCAAUUAUAAAAAUGCCAGCAGUUCUGACAUUUUGCCUUCUGAUUCUUACUGCAAAGAUCGGUUUCUCAGCAGCAGACGCAGUAACAGGACUAAAAUUGGUGGAAGAGGGAGUACCCAAAGAACAUUUAGCCUUAUUGGCAGUUCCAAUGGUUCCUUUGCAGAUAAUAUUGCCUCUGAUUAUCAGCAAAUACACUGCAGGUCCCCAACCACUAAACAUAUUUUACAAAGCCAUGCCCUACAGGCUGUUGCUUGGAUUAGAAUAUGCACUGCUGGUUUGGUGGACUCCUAAAGUGGAGCAUCAAGGGGGAUUCCCCAUAUAUUACUAUAUUACAGUGCUGCUGAGUUAUGCUUUACAUCAGGUUACAUUGUACAGCAUGUAUGUUUCUAUAAUGGCUUUCAAUGCAAAGGUUAGUGAUCCACUUAUUGGAGGAACAUACAUGACUCUUUUAAAUACUGUGUCCAAUCUGGGAGGAAACUGGCCUUCUACAGUUGCCCUUUGGCUGGUGGAUCCCCUCACAGUAAAAGAGUGUGUAGGAGCAUCAAAUCAGAAUUGUCGAACACCGGAUGCUGUUGAGCUUUGCAAAAAACUUGGUGGCUCAUGUGUUACAGCACUGGAUGGUUAUUACGUGGAAUCCAUUAUUUGUGUUUUUAUUGGAUUUGGUUGGUGGUUCUUUCUUGGUCCAAAAUUUAAAAAGUUACAGGAUGAGGGACCAUCUUCGUGGAAGUGCAAAAGGAGCAAUUAAUGCAUGAACUACUGGACAUUCUAGAAAGGUAACUGUAGUUUUAAUUCAGAGAGCUAUGGUAAUCAGUGCACAGGAGUAUAAAAUAUUAUUUUAAACAAGGAAUUUAUUAAUAUAAAAUGCCAAAUGUUUGAAAAAUAGAGACCUCUCUGUAUAUCUGAUCACAUUUUUUCCUUGCCUUGUCGAUGUAUUUAAAGUUUACUUAAGGUCUGGAAAUUGGUUCUAAAGCAACUUUUCUGGCCUUGUUAUUUGAUUUAUACUUUUUUAAUUUACUGACCAAAGCACGUUUUAAGCUGUAAUACAGUAGCCAUGGUUGGUAACCAUGCAGUCAAGUAUUGGUAUCAGUUCCUGUCAUUGAGUUGUAAUUCUAGCUUUGGUACUAUACAUUAAAUGGAAGAGAGUUUGAUAGUCAGUGCUAACUACAACUAGUCUGACCUUACUGACAGUUAAAAUUCUAUUUUGAAUUGUAAAUUGGUUAAAUUUUAUGUGGAAUUUGCUGAGCAAUGUAAACUAAUGAAACAUCAUUUUAGUUAUUUUUCUGACCAUAGCCACAGUGUACAAAUGCAUUUGUGUUAAAAAAACAAAAACUAUUUUAAAUGUAUUUCCUGCUUUUGUAAGCACUAAAGAUUUAUAAGAAGAUUAUUCAAACUAUUUUUUAUAAAAUGAAAGUUAUGAUUUCUAAUUUAUUGAUUCCCCUCCUCAAUACUCUUUUUUGGAAGAUAUUAUGAUUUCUUGUUAACUUUUACCCUACAGCUUACAUGUGUUUUUUUGUCAUAACAGUGCUUCAUGGCACACAGACAGCUAAAACGGGGAUCAAAUUUAGUGUUUUAUGUAUGUUCAUGGCAGUUUUGGAAAUAAAAAUUAAGGUUAUUCUGCAAGUAGUUUUUUUUUUUAAUUUCUGUGGGAAAAAAUAAAGCUUUCUGAUUAAAUUUAAAUUAAUAAUACCGUAAUUUUAAAAAUGAAUAUUUUAAAGAGAGAAACAAAGACAUUUUGUGCCUUUGACAAAUCAUAUAAUGGAGGGAUGUUUCUUAAUUAAGCACUUUACUAAGUGAAAAAGAUCUCAUGUUUGCGCCAUGCCACAUCAGGUACUGUAUUUCCAUUUAUUAAAACACAGCCUUUUGGUUGUAAACUAUAGUUUCCAGGAAAAAUUGCUAUCCCAGGAAAAUUAAACUUUUGAGUACUUCAGCAAUUUUCAGCAUAGUAUAUAUACCAGUGAUAAGGUUUUUUUUGCAUAUUUUGCAUUAUUAAUUACUCUAACUAUUUAGAGAUUACAUAAAUCCACCAGAAGUUAGAGAAAAGACUGUUAUAAAUCUUAAUAAUUUUGUCUUUGUGGGAAAAUACAUACUAAUUCCUGAUUUUGUUAAUUUUAUAACAUAGGUUGGAUUUUAGAGUGGGGUUUUUAUAAGUAAUGAAGGAUAAAAUGGGUGGGAGAAAAUGGCGCACAGCAUCUGAAGAAAGAUAGGGGCUGUGGCCUCUAGAAGUCAUGCACUGCCAUUGGAAAACCUGUAUUGGGCACCGAUAUCAGAUCCUGAAGAAUCACCUGGAGUAACACUCAUCCUAGAGACAAGGAAACUACAGCAAACAAACCAGAGACUACAGUACUUUGUUACAUGGUUUUCCACUAUCAUGUAUUAUAAUCAAAAUGUUUACUUGAAUAAAGAGAAACCCACAAAACA